GUCACAAACGAAUGGAUAAUCGUUCCGUCAACAAUCCGCUGUACGUUGAACUGCAACCAGAUGGCGCUAUAUUACCAGAACGACUCGACAUUGAUGACGAUGACGCAAGCGAACCAACAUCUAACGGCGAAGCAAAAGGAAUGCUCUCUACUGACACUAGUGAUCUAGAUGAAUCAGAAAAGACGAAUUUCCACAAUCCUUUAUACGAUCGUUUGUUUACACGGACAGCUAACGGACAUCAAACUAGUGAAAAGACGCAACUUCUAGACCAUGACGAGCUUGCUGACGAAUCAGGAAGCGAGGAAGAAGCGACAUUAGUCGAUAUAACUGACGACACUAGCACUACAGAUAUACCUUCACCUGAGGACCCAAUAUUAUAGCUUAAUUCAGUGAUUUAACCUUUUUGGGUAAUUCUCACUCCCACUUUUUCCUCCAUCGCUAUGCCAACUAUUCGAUAAUAGCCUCACUCUGCAUAUUUUGAAACCCUUAUUCCCUCACUAUGCGGUUGCUAAACUCAGUUGCUAUUCAUUGUUCAUUAUUUAAUCGAUAGUUACCUAGUGUUACGCUCAACUCGCACUUUGGUUUUUGCAUAGUAUGAAUAGUUCAUGAUGUGUGCAUACCGACAUACAGCGUGUCUAUAAAGUCCCUUUACAAUUUUGUUAUGAAGUCAGUUCUCAAUAUAUCUCAACCAAGUUUGUUGCUUUUUAAUCAGUAAUUGUUCAAGUAUUUUUACUUCAUUUAAUACAUCUGUGAGGGCCAAAACAAUAUAUGAUAUCGAUAAAUUCUCUUUGCGAUUUUAAAAAUAUCAAGAUUUUAUGGACACCUUAUAUUACGAAUAACCGAACAAUAUCAGUCUUACUGUACGAAAAUACAGAAUAAAUUCUCCCUCACAUCCCAAAAAAAUAUAAAUUCGUCCGUGGAAAAGAGUUUCUUCCCAGAUGGUAAAUGCUGACCUAAUUUUAAAAAUACACUAGGUGGCAGUAAAGGGUUUAUAAACGUUUAUGCACUAGGUGGCUGCCAAGUGUUAACAACAUCUUUCAGAGAACCACCUCCCAGUAAGUUAAGUCAGAGUCUGAAUUAUUUAAUUUAGAUCGCUUGAGUGACUUUAUAUCUUUGAUAAAUCGUGAUUCGAGUGCAACUCUUGUCGAGGAGAUGAUUCCUAUGAUUGGAACAUUGUCCCUGACAUCAAAAAGAUUUUCGUAUGGCGCAUAGGAUACCCCACAUAAUACACAAAUGUUGAUGUUUUGCAUAGAAAUGAUGGCGCUCCUGAAGUGUGUGUACCAAUAUGGAAGUAACUAAUUUUGUUCGUCUAUUUUACAUCAAAUUGUGUGAAGGGACUGAAACAUAUGGGCAGGGGGUAUAUUCACUUGGCUAACACAGACAGUCCCCAUACUCGUAAUAGAACUAAAAUAAGGAAAAUUGAAAUAAAAUUAUGGCUGACCCCAAUCUGGUACACACACUAUGGGAGUAGCGAAAUAACAAACUAGAAGCAAUUUAUCAAAUAUUACAAAUGUGACCAAAUUUUUGUAUCUUUAUUUCAUACUUGUGUGAUUUUUGUAUUUUUAAGUCAUUAUUUGGUGUUGUAUUACUUUUUAUACUUAUUAUAUCUUUUUUUGCUCUGUAUUCAUCAUGUAUGCUCUUUUGAAAAUCUUAACUUAGUAUGGCUCCAAGUCAGUGAUUCCCAAAGUUGAUCGACUGAGGCUGGAUCGAAAAUUAUAACCAAAAGGGUGUUUACAGGCCAGGAACGGGAUGCGCACGCACCCACAAUGGGCCAAUAUCUGUAUAAUUAAAAUGUUAUGAAUAUACAAGUGCUCAAACUGUGAUUUUCACUUUCAAGUUCGGCGGGACGGAUUAAUCGUUACACAGUCUGUAAUUGGGCUGCAGUUUGGGAACCACUGCUUUUAAAGUAAUAAAAAUCGUUUGCUUAAUUUCGUGAUUCCUCAGUUGUGUUGUUUUCUUGUCUGGAACCUUUUUCUGAACAAACGUAAAACAAUUUUUCACAGCAUCAUGAAAUAUUGAACAGUAUUUUUCUACCUCUCACUUUUUCACCAUCAAAUUAUUUUUGCAAAUAGCAUAGCAGCAUACAAUUCAAGGUGCACCCUCUUUUUUGCCAUGUAGGAAUAAUUUGCUUAGUAUGCUACACGAAGCCUAAGUUGCAUUUUAUCAAAAAUCUUAUCUUCUUAUCACUGAUCGAAUUCUCUAAAGAAGAGGAAACGCUAUAAGAUGACCUAGCUGUUAAAACGUAAAACAUGGCCGUAUUGGCAUCACAGAUUACAUAUCUAGGGUUUAUACCUUUUGCCAAUCGUCACUCUCAUUGCAGGGGCGUAUACAGAGGUUUAUAGGAUUGUCUUGUCUUCCCCAUUCUAGAAAGGUAAAAAAGCACUUUUCUUAGUUCGAAACACUUUUUAAACCACAAGACUUGGUUGGACGUGCUAGCUGUUACAGUCUAACUUCAAAAUUUCUGGCUAAUCUCUCAUCACUCAAUGUAAAUUGAAACGCUUUUUAGACCCUAAACAAUCCUCCAUUUUCGGGCCAUCCAGCGAAUAUGCUAUGGUUUGCAAUUUGAUUGUACUGUCUUAUCAGAUUUCCUCUCUUACGAGUAUAGGAGCCUGUUUUUGAGCAAAAUCAUGGCAAAUGGUAAAAUUUGUCGAGGUUUAUUAUAUAAGGCCGGACCCACUAUCUCGAUGGUUCUAAAACUUUUUAAGCCACGCCCCCUUUUUGUUUGUCAAGUCUCACGCCCCCUCGAAAAUAACUAGCUAACAAUAAGCUACAAAUAACAGAUAUUAAGGUAAAAGUAUAUUUUUAUACAAAAAUCAUGUUGACAUUACCUAAUCUUGUUCGGGAGGAGAGGAAAGCCUAUCAAUCCUUCUUAAAUAAACAAAGGUACUUGCUUUUGGACGAUGCUCUUUUAUUAUUUGGUGCUGUACUACAAAUGGUACUACAUAAGAUCAUUAAACUAUUUUUCUAAUGUGACAUGGUAACAAUAUAUGUUUAUCAUUUUCCUGUACUGCACGGUUAUCUGUAUAACAUUUUAUACGUUGAUAAGCUAGUAUUUCAUUUUUUUCCUAUUUUAAUAAUCUUUUUCAAUGUUAUUUUUGAACUUGUUGAAAUUAUUUCUCCAUUUGUAACCUUUA